CUCCUAGUUAGUUCUCAUUACAGCCGAGGAAAAGUUACAAGUGACGGAAACACACCGUGUAUGCUGCUGACACAUCAACCGGUUAAACAAGCUAGAUCUAAAACCAUCACCACAACCAACAACUGCUGAACUGCUCCCUUCAAUGUGAAGCACCAGUGUUAAGGAUGGACAAGCUUUCUGUGGGCGACAAAGCAGCUUCAAGCAGACCAAACCGCUGGGUGGAUCCGUCCUUCGCAGACCUGCCGGCUGACAGCUUCGCUCCGUCCAGACGGAGAAAGGCCAGCCAGGUUUCGUGCUCCAAGGCUGAGCCCAAGAGGCCCAGGAAGAGGGCAGUAGAGUCCGCCAGCUCAGACAGUCACACGUCCCGUCUGCUGACAGAGUCAGCAGAUGGGGACCAGGAUGAGCCGUGGGUGGACAGAUACUCGCCGCGUUCUCAGGCCGAGCUAGCUGUCCACAAGAAGAAGAUAGAGGAAGUAGAGAACUGGAUGAGAGUUCACUCAAACACAUCGAAGGGCAGAGUCUUGCUGCUGACCGGGCCAUCCGGCUGCGGGAAGACCACCACGGUCCAGGUUUUGUCUCGGGAGCUGGGCCUCAGGGUUCAGGAGUGGACCAACCCCUCCAGCCUGGAGCUGUACAGCAGUGGUCAGAGCGACUGGAGGACAAAUGGCUUGUCCUUCAGCUCCCAGUUAGCCCAGUUCCAGGAGUUCCUCCUCCGAGCGAACAAGUACAACUGCCUGAAGAUGUUGGGGGACGGAGCGGCCACAGACAGAAAGCUCAUACUGAUGGAGGAUUUCCCAAACCAGUUCUACAGGACACCUGGCAGCCUGCACGACAUUCUGAGGCGCUUUGUAAAGACCAGCCGAUGUCCCCUGGUGUUCAUCGUGUCCGACAGUCUGAGUGGAGACAGCAGCUCACGCAUUCUGUUCCCCAGGGAGAUCCAGGAGGAGCUGGACAUCCGCAGCAUCAGUUUUAACCCCGUGGCUCCGACCACAAUGAUGAAGGUCCUGACUCGGAUUUCAACGGCGGAAGCAGGAAAGAGCUGUGGGAGGAUGUGCAUCACAGACCAGGCGGUGUUAGAGACGCUUUGUUCAGGAAGCCCGGGAGAUAUUCGCAGCGCCAUCAACAGCCUCCAGUUCUCCUCCCUCUCAGACACGUCGUUGGAAAAGGGGCUGUGGAGGAUGAAGAAGGACAGACCUGUGUCUUCGCUGAGCAAAGCCGUUUCCAGAACGAACCAGCGGAAGAAGAAGUCCAAACCGACAAAGGAGCUGGAGGAGGAGCAGGCGAUUGGAGGGAAAGACGCUUCUCUGUUUCUGUUCAGAGCACUGGGGAAGAUCCUACACUGCAAACGAGGUAAACAAGAAGAUGUUGAAGCAGCUGAAUGUGUCCCUGGACCUGGUCUACCAUCUCACCUGUCUCAUCAUCACAGAGAAGCAUUACUUGUAGAACCUGAGCUGGUUGUUGAGCGUUCCCACAUGUCGGGAGAGUUCUUCAACCUGUACCUCCAUCAGAACUACCUGGACUUCUUUUCUGAGGUGGAGGACGUGGACCGAGCCAGCGAGUAUCUGUCUGACGCCGACCUCCUCACUUCUGAUUGGACGAGUCGCAGCACCAUGGGGCAGUACGGGUCCUCAGUGGCCACCAGGGGGCUCCUUCACUCCAACGCCCAACAAGUUUCUGUUGGCUUCAGACCGCUUCACAAACCGGACUGGCUGCUGGUCAACAAGAAGCACCGGGAGAAUUGCCUGGCGGCCCAGUCCCUGUUCAGGAACUUCUGUCUGACACCAGUCAGCCUGCAAACGGAGCUGCUGCCAUACCUGGCCAAACUCACCAACCCAAUGAGGAACCAAGCUCAGAUAGCUUUCAUCCAGGACGUGGGUCAGAUGUCACUGAGGAGGUUCCCCGGCAGAUUAAAACUGGAGGCUCUGACGGACAAGGAGCCGGCCCAGCUGGACAAGGACAGCGAGGAGGAAGAGGAGAGUCGGGGCGGCGUUGAGGAGGGUCUGCCGGCCAGUCAGCCCCAACCUACUGCAUGCCAAGUCCUUCUGGAGGAGGAGGACCUGAUCAUAGAGGACUACAACAGUGACUAACACACUCAACUCUGACAUACUGGGACAAAGUUACACUUUUUCACUGUCAAAUUUUUGCAUGGAUUUCUGGUUUAGUACGGAGGGCGAUAAGUGCCACGCUAAGGAGAAUUUUGCAUUUUUCCACGAUUGUAAAAUUGAUCCUAGAACUUAAAUUAUUCUUCACAGAGCUGAAACUGUUCUUCUUGAUAUGUUGCUGACUGUGAUAAUAGCUCUAGUAUUACAAGGUGUUUAUGCCUCAUUGAGGUGUCAUAUGUACAAGAAAUUAUCAUUUUUUAGAAACCAGCUUGUCUUUAAGAACCUGAAAUAAAUGUGAAUCCGUAGCUUGAUAUAGGCUCUUAAUAAUAUGAAAGCACAGGACUUAAUUCCAAUAAUUUCCCAAAAGUGGCCCUUAAAGAAAUAAUUCAACCCAAAAAUGACAUUUGUACAUCAAUACCUUACUAUGUGUUACCUCGAAUUCUUGAAGAAAACUUAGUUUUACUAACAUGCCUCCAUGGUGAUCAAAGGAUCAAAACACGGAAAAAACUUCUUGAUGAAUUGCUCACUUCCCAAACACAUGCAUCUCCUCUUAAACCUUGCUAUUGACGCUUGAGUCCACACGAGUCUGGACCAAUUGAUUUUGUUAAAGGUCGAUUUGAUACGAUUCUGCAGUUGUUAAAUGCAGCCCUACCAUUUGCUUCCAUUCAACAAGACUUCCCUCCGUUUAUUUUAAAAUCUUCGUUUACCUUGGAGUUAUGGGAGGAAAACAAUGUUUUCUUGAAGAAUUCAAGGUAUAACCAGGUGAGUAAUUGAUACACAAAUUUUCAUCGUGGAGGUGAAGUAUGCCUUUAACAGUUCUGUUGAAAUGUUGUCACUAUUUAUGUUUUAAGUGCAGGAUUGGCACUUGUUUUUUGUUACCUGACAGAUUUUAGUUUUUGCAUGGUGACUGUUAGCCUUUUUUUCUUUUUUUUCUGUUCCCAUCCCAUGGAUGGAUAGAGAGAAACUGAUACAAUUACCAAUAUAUGCUCAUUGAGAGAUAAGUGGACUUAAAUCUAAUUAAGCAAGUGAAUAAAACAUAAUGUGUGAAAAGA